AUGGAGUCACUCACAAGCCUCGUUCUUGACUGCUGCGACCUUCACGAGCUGCCCGGAGACAUCGGGCAGCUUUCGAACCUGGUUUCGCUGAAGCUGUCCAGUAACAAUCUCGUUACUCUGCCCGACUCGUUCGGGCAGCUGGGGAAGCUGAAGGAAUUAGUAUUCAUGGAAUGCAACAGCCUGCUUGAGCUUCCAAACUCCUUUGCCAAUCUCUCCUCCUUGGAAACCCUUUUCAUCUACGGUGGGGCUUCUCUAGUAGACCUCCCUCCGGGUUUUGAAACCCUCCCGAAGCUGCGUACUCUCUACCUCUUCAACUGCGUUUUUGCGAGCCUGCCGGACAGGUUUGGGGACCUGCCGAGCCUGGAGGUGCUCAGGGUCGGGACAAAGGCAUCGUACAGCAGGAAUCGGCUCGAGACGGGCAGCGAAUCGGAUUACGGACCUGAGCUGGAAGGCGCGAGCGCCUUACACAUGCUUCCCCAGUCCCUGGUUCGCCUCACAGGCCUGGUAGAGCUCGUGUUGGAGGGGUGUGAGAUGCUGGAGGAGUUGCCGCCAGGUAUGGGGGGGUUGGCAAGCCUUAGAGUGCUCCAGGUGAAGAAUUGCCCUCAGCUGCGGCUCUUCCCGUCGCUUCUCUCCUCGCCCGUUCACAACCCUGCCGGAGAUUCUUCUACUCUUGGGACAGACCUCCCUGCUGCUGCUGGUGCUGCUGCUGUUGCUGCCACCACUGCGGCUGCUGCUGCUGCUGCUGCUGCUGCUGCCACUCCUGCUCUCCCAUUUCCAUCACUGGAGCAGCUGGAGAUUUCUGACUGCCCGCUGCUGGAGAGCCUACCAGAGGGCCUCCAUCUGCUGCCUAGACUGGAACACCUCGCUCUUGAAGACUGCACCGGCCUAAACCUCACACACCCGAGCCCCUUGCCACCCCCUUCAUCCCCACCCCCACAGAGCAACUCUGUUCUGUCCGCACUGUCCCCACCAUCGACCUCCUCCUCCUCCCCUCUUGUUGCGCCCAUCUCGCUUCCGAGUUCCAUCAAAACCAUCAUCCUCUCAAACGUCUUCCAGUCAGCCCAGUUCCUCCCAGAGUCACUUUUUUCUCUCCGCCAGCUCACCCACUUGAACAUCUACGACCUUCCAUCUCUCCAGCAGCUGAUUGCCCCUUCCCUUGUGACCCAGUCCUCAGCCCACGCCCAAGCCACCCACGAUGACCAGUCUGAAAGAUUCGAUUCCGAUUCUGAUAUGCCGGCCAGAUUGGAUCUCUCGUCUUCUCUGCAGCAUCUUCACAUCGCCCUCUCCAACCUUCCUGCACUCCCUGAAACCGUGGACAAUCUGGUGCAGCUAAGAGUGCUGCUGCUAGAGGAGUGUCCUGCCAUGGUCUCCCUUCCCACGUCCCUCACUAGCCUCUCCAAUCUCCAACAACUCACACUCAAGUCCCUCCCCUUGCUGACCCACCUGCCCGAGAAUAUCGGGCAGCUUAAAGCCCUGCGCGAUCUGAGUCUGGAUUCCUGCCAAGCUCUUAAAGCCCUGCCGCCCUCCGUCACCAUCCUCUCCUCCCUCAUGCGUCUCACCAUCGCAGACUGUCCCGACUUUACCUGCCUCGCGGAUUCCAUCUCCUCUCUCUCCAGCCUUGCCUCUCUCACACUCAAACGCCUUGCUUUCCUCCGUCGCCUCCCCUCCCCACUCUCCCUCCCGCACCUCAUCAAGCUCUCCCUGCAAGGGUGCAAGCGGCUGAGGGCUCUGUCCAGCGACUUGGGCAGUUUGUCCUGUCUGAGGGAGGUGGAUCUGGACGGGUGUACACAGUUUAAGGAGCUGCCAGUGUCGCUGGUGGAUCUCGAUAUGGACCCUAGCCCCGACGCCGAUAACUCGGCGCCGACUUCGGCUGACUUCCCUCUUCGUCACCCAAUGGGUCGUGGUCUCAGCUUCACUCUAGAGUGGGAAGACUUCUUAGUUCUUCGCAACCACAAGAUAGAGUUCAACGACGGAUGUUUGGGUUUCGGCAUCAGGACCUCAAUCCGGCACAUCGACCCGCAGACCGUUGCCGCCCAGCAUCAGGGGAAUGCGAGGGUGCAUGGGGAAGGUGGAAACGGUGGAGGAGGCGACGCAGAGGCAGGUGCAGGAAGGUUGGAAACGGAGAAGUCGUCGUCGUCGUCUGAGUCGGAGUCGGAGUCGGAGGAGGAAGACAAGGCAGUGAAGCGUAAGGACGAGGAGGAGGAGGAGGAGGAGGAGGAGGAGGAGGAGGAGGAGGAGGAGGAGGAGGAGGAGGAGGAGGAUGAGGAGGAGGAGGAGGAGGAGAAUAAGGACGAGAAUGGUGAGAAGUGGGAGGGAGGGAAGGAUGAGGAGGGGGGGGAUGAAGAGGUGGAGCUCGUGGUGGAGUAUGUAGAGGGUACGGUUGAGGCGGGAGCGGCGGAAGAGGCGGAUGAGGCGGCCUGCGAGGGAGGUGGGAAGGUGUCGGUCGACGCCGGCGAAGGAGCGAACAACACGGGCGUGCAGGAGACCGGGGAAGCACCUGGUCGGCAGGGCCCUGAACUGGACGACGUUGAGGAGCUGCGACGGGAGAACUGGUUGUUGCGGGCGGAGAACGCUCGGCUGGCGACGUUGCUCGAUGCGGAGCGGGCUCGGCUGGACAGGUUUUUUGUUGGGGUCAGUGGACUCGUCGACCACGUUAAAGGGUUGGCCGAGCAGGUCGACGACACCGAGAAGUAUGCCGCGGAACAGCUGCGAAACGCGACGGAGGCCAUGUCGAAGACCAUCACGGGCAACAUCACCGGCAGCUUUGACGAAGCGUGGAAGUCGAUGAAGACAUUCGCGGAACAGGCGACGAAGUGGUUGGAGGACUUCGACAAUCCGGAGGGUCGUGUCGCGUAUGCACGGGCGUUAGCGGUCUCCGCCUUGGCCGAACACGUAGAUUCGGUGGUGGGCGAUACGAAGAAGGGGUUGGAAGAGUACGUCUCGAAUCACCUUGCCUCCGUGCAGGUCAACAUCGCCACCGCUGUGACCGCCAGGCUCGCCGUGCCGCCGCCGCCACCGCCUCAUCCCACGCCGCCCGCCAUCCCGGAAGAGCUUUUGAAGUCGUUCAAGGCCGACAUCAUGAAGGCGGUGACGGAGGCCACCCAGCAGUCUUUCGUUGCUUCCGGGAUGAAGAUGAUGACAGAGAUGAUCGGCACUGUGGCGCCAGGUCGACGUGGGUCGUCGCCUUCGGCCAAUGACACCGAUAACGCGCAAAGGAAAACGGCCGAGAAGCAGGGCCAUAAGAGGACGGGCGACGGAGACGACAAGGAGAGCUCGAAGCGGAGCAAGGGAGCGGACGGUAGCCGCGGGUCGAAGCCUGCGCAACAGAGCGUGGUCGACCAGCUGAAGACGAAGGCGGGGUGGAAGGUGGUAAGGACGUCGCACAGCAAGGGAGGCGGAAGCGGGGGAGCAGAGGGUGGCCCUGCCGACGGGGUUGCCGCUAACGUAGCUGCUCCGACUGGCCCGCCUUUGGUCGCCGAGCAGACCCAUCCUCAGGCGAGCGGUGGGAAAGGCGUGACCGACAAGGAGGUGCCAACUGCUCAGGCGGCGAAUGAUGGCGACUCCGGAACCACCAAGGGACCGUCCGUCGCGGCGGCGGCCAAGCCUGCUUCUGCUACGGUUGCCGGCACCACCAAGUCGAGUCCCCGUAACCCCCUUGCGGCUACCAGCGCGCCUGCCGGCUA